AACCCAAACCUGAUUUAAACCGGCGGGUCAUGAGUUGCGGGUUGGACCCGUUUUGCCACCCCCUACUCCCUCGCAUCCACUGCGCCCGCAGCUGCUCCUCCGUAGCCAGUGUCUUUGCUUCCCACAAGCCUCACGCCGCUCGUCUUCUCCAGCAACAACUGACCAACAAGUCAUUGAUGCAUGUGGCCCUUCUGAUACAUAGGAUGGAGCUUGGCAGCUUAGUUAUUGUUGCCAUCUCAACUACCAAGUGCUGGUCUUGCAAUUGGGAACUGGCAGACUUAGACUUCAAGUAAGAGGGCACUUAACACUUAUCUGCCAAUAGGUCUCUCUCCUACUCUCUCUCUCACUCGCUCCUCGACGUGCAGCAGCAUAGGCCCAUCCAUAAUCUGCCAUCUCCGUCGGCGCUUUCUCUGGUGGACUGCCCACGCUGGCUCUGAGGGUAUUCCUAGCAGUGUUCACUGUCAUUAGAAUUGAGAUUUUGGUUUCUUCCGUCUCAACUUUUACUAGAGGUGUAGAUGAGUUGAGUAGAGGUGUAGAUGAAUUGGUAAAAUUGUGGAGCUAAGUCUUGGGUUUUUUUAUUGGGCCUUCCAUUUUAGUUACAAGAGGCUAUGGCUUCUCUGUUCAAGGAUCCAAACAAGCUUUCAGCAUAUCGUGAUAGAAGAUUUUCUGGAACACAAGAAGAAUUUGAUCAUGCACUUCAGACUUCGACAACCGUUUAUGUUGGGAAUAUGUCCUUCUAUACAACUGAAGAGCAAGUCUAUGAACUAUUCGCUCGUGCUGGAGAAAUAAAAAAGAUAAUCAUGGGUUUGGAAAAGAACACAAAAACUCCUUGCGGUUUCUGCUUUGUUUUAUACUACUCUAGAGAGGACACUGAGGAUGCUGUCAAGUUUAUAAGUGGAACGAUUCUUGACGAUCGUCCAAUUCGUGUGGAUUUUGAUUGGGGAUUCCAAGAAGGAAGGCAAUGGGGGCGUGGUCGAAGCGGUGGACAGGUGCGGGAUGAAUAUCGCACUGAUUAUGAUCCUGGCAGAGGUGGUUAUGGAAAAUUGGUUCAGAAAGAGUUGGAAGCACAAAGACAGCUUGUAGACUAUGGUGCUGGUUCAUUGGGCUCUUUCCCACCAGUUAUGCCGUCGCAAUAUGGUAGGCACGGAGGAAGCCAUGGUCAUGGGGGUUCUCAUCGACAUGGUAGAGAUUACCAUCGGAAGCGAUACCGUGAGGAUGACCGCCAUCCACCAGAGAUUUCAAGAAAAACCUCAGAUAAUGAAUCUAGGAGAAACUCUGACCCUGAUUCUCGUCCGGUAAUUUAUUGUUGGUUUGUGUAUUGUUUCUGUUAUUCUACAUCUUUUACCCCUACGAUUGUUGUAAUUGCCAGACUGUUUUAAAUGGCACACUGCAUGAGAAUUAGAUGUUUCUGUUGAAUGGAAGUAAAAUCUGUGAAACUGCUUUUUCUUUUUUAAAAAAAAUUCUUUUUGGCUGAAAUGACAUCAAUGCCUCAUCACUGGCAAAAUGGUGGCAGUUGCCACUAUUGUGGGCAAUGUUAACCCUGUCCAUUUUUAUGCGGUGAAGCUAUGGAUUGAUGAUCUUGUUCAUUUGAUGCAACAGGAAAAGAAUCCACGUUUUCGUGAAAGCGGCGACUCUGAUGAUGAUGAUGAUGAUCGGAAGUGAUGACCAUAAUCUAUUUGCUUUCUAUGCUUCACUUUAUAAAGUAGCUACUGAAAUCUUAGCACCCUUCCCUUGUUGAAAGGGUUGCAGCCCAAAUUUGAUAGGAGCUGAGAUCAUGUAAUCUUCUUAGGGGAACUGUGAUUCAAUGGAUGUUUAUUUUUUGGAGGCUUUCUUUGUUAUAAUGACAUGGCCAGGAAAUGUCAAUCAUCAAUUUUAGUAUGGUGCUUUGAAUUUAGAAAUGUUUUUGAACUA